GAGUAUAAAAGUGAAUACGGAUACAGACUACACACUCUGUAUCGAGUUUGCACGUAUUGCCCGUAUUCUUACUGUAAGACGUUUAUAUUGAGUGAAUACAUUCUGUAUCCGUAUUAUGACAUCUCUGGGCAUUUUGUAUCAGUCUUAUAGGAAUCACUGAAAUAUAGUUAUAGCUACUUCAGCAGAUAGUUGUUCGAAUUUUUACAUUCCAAAAGAGCAAGGAAAGCAAACUACACCGUUUCAUUCACGGAAAAAAAACUGUAAAAAUUUAUUGUUCAAUUUUGACUUUUUUAUACGUCUAUAUAUUCCGACGCUCAAAUAAAUGAUUAUACUAGACUAAAUAUAGGAAGGAAGACUGACGUAUAUUUCGUUAAUUAUAUACGUCACUCUCUUUUCUUCUUAUUAUUUAAUCUUGAAAACUUUACAAAUAUUAAAGAAUUACGUAUCACUACGUUAUCAUCUGAUGAUGCUAAAGAGCUUCUUGAUAUUUUACCAAAACUGCAGUAUAAUUUAACAACGUUGGAAGUUAUAUUUCAAUCAGAAGAUUUACCGUUCUAUGCACAAAACUUACGUGAAGUGAUAUUAUGUCGUCCAAUACUACCAGCGUUGAAAAGAUGUGUCCUAACAUUUUAUGAUAAUUUUACUGAAAAAAUUAUUAAAAAUUCAACAACAAAUAUUAAAUAUUUAAAAUUUGGUAGUAUAUUAAUUCAAGACUUCAAUUAUUUCAAUGUCUACCAAAAAUAA